UGUCUCCUCGGCAGCCAGCCAUGGGCAACGCGGGGGGCAGGCCCAGCUGCCUGGGGGAGAAAAGCCAGAAGCCAGACGACUUCCUGAAGGACUCCUACCUCAAGGACCUGGGCCUGGCGUCUGGGCGCCCCUCCAGGAGGAACAAUGCAGGCGGCCAGGGGGCCGCCCCUGAGAAGCCUCCACUCAGCCCCCGGGUGAUCGAGAAUGGCUGGAGCGUGGUGACACUGGGGGGCCCCAGCAAGAGUCAGCAGGGCAGCCCCCUCCCCAAGCAGAACAACAUGGACGUCAAGGUACAGAACGGGGGGGCCCUCAGCUGCAGCAACCCCCUCAAGGCCCAGCUGGAGGCGGUGGUGGGGGCUGCGUGGAGUCCCCCCAUGGGGCUGGCGCACGGGAGCGGCUGGGUCUGGAAGCCCCUCACCACCACCGAGGUGACUGAGGUGACAGAGGUGACGGAGACGGUUGUGACGGAGAUCGUGGAGGUGACCGAGUACCCCGGGGGCGACCGGAGCAAAGAGCCCACCGUCACCAGGCGGGUCAAGGUGCUCACGGAGUGCGCAGGAGGAGCCCUAUCAGAGCUCCAGAACAGCCAGGGGGACCCUCUGGAGCCGUGGAGCAGCCACAGCAGCAAGGCAACUGCCGCCUUCCUUGGAGAGGUGUGGGGGGCAGAGCAGGCCCAGGUGACCCUGAGGAAGCUUCUCACUUGGGUCAGUGACAUGGAGGAGCUCAUGGCCAACCAGAAGCCCCCGUCCUCCGAAGCCAAAGUGGUGAAGGCACAGCUGCAGGAGCAAAAGCUUCUAAGGCGCCUGCUGGACGAGCGCAGGUCCCAUGUGGAGGGCCUCCUGCAGGAGAGAUGGGCACCCUCUGAGCCCCCUGGCACCACAGAUGGGCACGGAAGGGACGGUGGCCUUGCCAACCUUCAGGAGAAGUGGCGGACACUAAUCCAGGGGGCAGAAGCCAGGCACAGCUCCCUGGAGCAGAUCCUUCCUGCAGCUCACACCUUCCAGGAGUCUGCCGAUGUUUUCCAGGACUGGCUGGCCUCCACAGAGAGGAAGCUGGCUGAGCUGUGGAGAGCCAAUGGGAGCCUCAGCCAGGCACAGGGAGCCCUCCAGCAAGUCCAGGACCUCUGUGAGGAAAUCCGGUCCAAGACGGCUGACCUGGAACGGGCUCUGGAGCAUGGACAGCGGCUUCUGGAAAUGGUGGCAGGAGAGGAAGCCCAUCUGGCCCAGGAGAAGAUGGACUCCCUGCGGAUGAGGUUCCUCCUCGUGGGCCAGAGCAGCGCUGCCAUCCUGCACCGCCUGGAGCAGACCCUGGAGGCCUCCUGCUGGCUGGGCUCCACCGAGGAGGAUCUGGCCCUCUGGCUGCAGCGCUUGGAGAAGGAGCUGGUGCCGCAGGGGGGCCAGCCGGUGGGUGAUGAUGACGGGACCCGCCAGCUCAGUGCUACAGACAGAGAGAAGUUUGAGCAGGUGCUGGUCUCCGAGAUGGACAAGGUGUCCCACCUGAGCACACACCUGGAGGAGCUGGGCCAGGUGCACCUGGAAGCGGAGGCCAUCCAGCGGCAGCUGGCUGAUCUGAAGCUGAGUAUAGAGUCAGAGGUGGGGAGGGGUCUAACAGCCAAGCCCUCCGCCCCCAUGCAGCAGCCCCUCCGGGCUUGGUGUCUCACCAGCCCUGGGCAGGCAGGCCAUCUGACAGGGAUGGUGUGCAGGGGGAGGGAGAGGCCUGCCCUGCACACAGGAGCUACGCCAGGGGCCAAGGACCCCCUGCUCUCCCCAGGGCCACUCUAG